AUGGACAGUAUUAGCACACGUGAUACUGAUAAAGAUAAGAAUAUAGCAAAUUCUUAUAAGCAAGAAUUUGCAAACCUGUUCGGGUCAGAUAAUAUUCCACAUAACAAUAGCACGAAUAUUGUACCAACACCUACCAGUUCUUCGACCGAUGGCAAUACUAUAGGCGGCUCAAAUUUAUUAUCGAAUAAUAAUAAUAAUACUACUAAUAUCAGCAACACCGAUGGCUUUGACAGUAAUAUUACACCAAGUAUACUAUUGGAACAACUAGCGUAUGUAGAUAAUAUACUACCCUCCUUAGAACAAGAUUUCGGUAAUUUAGACUCAUGGAUCCUAGGUGAGUCUAACAACAACAAUAAUAGCCAUCCAAACCAAUUGAAUAACAACAACAACAACAACAACACUAAUAAUGAUAUAAUAGGUUCCUUCAGUAGCAAUACUAUGAUCAUGAAUAAUAUGAACUCCUUUGGCUUAGAUGAACAAUUAGCUGUAGAAUUAAGUGCAUUCGCUGAUGAAUCAUUCAUAUUCCCAGAUGAAGAUAAACCACCGAGAAAUGAUGAUGACGAUGCUAACGAUGGUGAUGAUGAUAAAGAACAUGAUGAUAUCGAAUCAUCUCUUCAUACAACGUUCAAUAAUGAUAACACUAGUAAUGAUACGCAGCAAAUCGAUGGGAAAAAGAAGAAAUCACAUUUUUUGACUCAAAGGAAAAAUAACUUCUUAAAAUCACAAUAUGAACAAUCUAAAUUAAGGUUCUCUUCAAAGAGAAAUAAUAAUAAUAAUAAUAAUAUGAAUAUGAAUACAAAUGAAUCAUCACAACAUAUCAACAGUCCGUCAAAUAGUAAUAGCAAUCAUGGCGGGUUCACUAAUUUUGAAGUAGAUGAUGAUUCCAUGAUAACUACAACUCCAACUACAACUACAACAAAUAACUCAACUAAUAUGGAUACUCUAUAUCAAAGGUAUCAUCCAACUAAUGCUUCUCCAUUGAAUAAUGUAAUAAUACCAUUCCAAUCACCGUCACCAUCGCAAUCACCAUCGCAAUCGCAAUCGCAAUCACAGUUACAUUCUCCGAUUAUGGAUACAAAUACUAAUAACAGUAGGAACAAUAGCCUUAAUAAUAAUAGUAAUGAUACUGAAAAUUAUUCUUCAAGAUCUCAACAUAAUGAAACCAUACCUAAUUCACCAUAUGUGAUACCAACUUCUUUUACCCAUGAUUCAACCAAUAAUAAUUACCAACAGCAACAGCAAACGGUGAAUAAUAAUAUUGAAAUGCCCGACUAUUCAAAAAUACCUACAGCCACUUUAGCAAGCUUACAUCCCCGUAUUAAAAUACCGCCAGGUGCAUAUAAUUCAUUACGUAAUUCAGGGUUUAAACCAGAUCAAAUAGACGCAAUCUCUGUAAUAAUAGCUUACAAUGAACAACAAAAAUUAAAACAUAAUAAUAAUUCAUCUUCACCUUCCCUUUCCCCUUCCUCUUCAUUCUCAUCCUCUUUUGUGCAUACCAAUUCGAAAGAAAAUAGGAAUAGUAAUUCUACAACUACGACUACAACGACGAAUGACGACGAUGAAGGUGCUACCUCAAGGAAUGCUCAUUUAUUAUUGAACUUAUUAUCAAAUGGAAACACAUUCACUCAUCCUGCGGUGCCUACUCCUCCGGUACCUAUUCCUGCUACAAAUGUCGCUCGUAUUACUGAACAAAAUACAAUGGUACCGUUUCAAGAUAAGAAAAGGAAAAAAGUGAAAUUGAUAACAAUAAUACUAGGGAAAUGA